ACUGACAACAUGGUACGGUGACUCUUGUUCGUUUCUGCAAACAAUGUCAUGUCAUCCACUCUCACAAACACGAAACAGACCCAUUUCACAUUCACACUGUCUCUUCUUGUUGAAACAAUAACCCCUUCACUUCACCAAGGUGAAUGCAAUCAAGAUGCCAAGAAUGGAAGAGAUACUGAACCUUCCAGUGCAAGAGCUUCCUUGUUCUGAGUUUUCAGCUGAAAAUAUAAAUUGGAUAAAAUUGGAAGGUGGUCAUCAAGGUGGUGAUGAUAUUGCUUUGAUUCCUUUUACUAGAGUUGAUGAUUUUGUAAAAGGGGAAUCUUCUAAUCCAGCAUGCCCUGCUAAUUUUCGCGUUGAAUCGAGACGAAAGAGGGCUGCCGGGAGUGUUGCUAAACCAAGGGUUGAUGGAUAUCUUGAAUAUACAUUAUACUGGUGUUCUUAUGGACCUGAAGACUAUCGAGAAAGUGAAUCGGGUAUUGUGGAUUCCACAAGUGCCAAACCUGCUUCAGGGAAGGGUAGCAGGCCGGGGAGGCGUCACAUGAUGAGAGGCUGCCUUUGCCAUUUCACUGUUAAAAGACUAUACACCCGACCUCACCUUGCCCUAAUAAUAUACAACCAGAGAAGGCAUGUAGAUAAAUCAGGGGUGCCGUGUCAUGGAAUAUUUGACAUAGAUGCGGUAGGGACAAGAGCUAUGUAUGCGCCUCGAAUUUCAGAUGAGUUACGCCAUAGGGUUAUGUCUAUGCUUUAUGUUGGAAUAUCUUUGGACAAUAUACUACAGCACCAUGCAGAGGUGAUGCAGAAACAAGGUGGACCCUUAAACCGUGAUGAUUUUCUCACUCGAAAUGAUGUGCGCAACAUGGAAAGGACUAUUCGUAAUUCUUCACUUGAGCUACUGGGAAAUGACGAGUGCAGUGUAAAGAUAUGGAUUCAGCGUCAUAAGAAGGAUGUUUUCUAUUUCCAAGAUAAUUCAAGCUCGGAAUCUUUUAUUUUGGGUAUACAGACAGAUUGGCAGCUUCAACAAAUGCUUCGCUAUGGAAAUAAUAGUUUCAUUUCUUUUCAUUCAACAUUUGGCUUGAAGAAGCUUAAGUAUCCGGUAUGUUCUUUACUUGUUUUCGAUUCAUCUCAAAAAGCAAUUCCAGUUGCUUGGAUCAUCACCUCAUCUUUUGUUGGUAAAGAUAUCCAUAAAUGGAUUGUAUUGCUAUCUGAAAGAUUACGAACCAAGGAUCCCAGAUGGAGACCUAGUGCUAUUUUUUUGGACGAUCCAUCUUUUAACUGUUCUAUCAUAAGAGAGGCAUUCCAGUGUCGCAUUCUAUUAUGUACCUGGCAUGUUCGUCGUACUUGGAUAAAAAAGCUUUUCAAGAAAUGCUGCAACUUUGAGGUGCAGCGCGAGAUGUUUAGGCAAUUGGGAUGGAUUCUGUACUCUACAAGAUGUGGACCAAAUGCUACGGAUGCAAUUGAAGAGUUUAUGCAAAUUUUUGUUGACCAGUGUGCAUUCAUUGACUACUUCAAGAGUCAUACUCUAGCCAUUAUAGAUGUGUGGAUUAAUGGCAUAAAAUCACUCCAUGUGACAACUCCCGAGCCACAUGCUGCAAUGGAAUCCUAUCACUUAAAACUAAAAUCCACUCUUUUGAAGGAGAAUUAUGCUAAUUUAUGGUCUAGAGUUAACUGGUUAAUCCACACUUUAACUACUGAAUUUCACUCAUUAUACUGGCUAGACCAAUACAGUUUAGAAACCGGGUAUUUUGAGAAUCUGCGGGACAAUUCUUUCUCCACUAAUGCUUGGUAUCAUGCUCUUCGUAUUCCAGAUGUUGAUGUCGUACUGGACGAGCAAAACCUCCGACUUGCCAAAGUAUUAUCUCAGACUGACAGAAACUUGGUGUAUACAAUUUGGAAUCCUGGUUCAGAAUUUUCGCUUUGUGAUUGUUCUUGGUCUAAGCUGGGAAACGUCUGUAAACAUGUCAUCAAGGUGGCAACUUUCUGUAGAAAUCGGCAGAUUGCACGUCCUUUAUUGUCUGCUCAAAUAUAUAACCAGGCUCUGCUCACCCUUCUCAAUAAUCCUUGAUCAUACCAUUCUACAUGUGGCCCAUUUGCAACAAGACAUUAAGUCCCUAGAAGACUUGUCGAAUGGUGGAUUACUACACCCUAUAGCCCCUGAUCUAAGUUCUCAAAUAGCUGAAAAUCCUCAGCUUUUUCAACGCCUCCAGUGAGUUUUGAAAGGAGAGUGAAUUUCUUCAGGUUAAAACGCAUUUUUAUGCAUACCCAGUUGGAGCUCCUUCCCUUGAGCAAUUGAUUUGGAAGAACUAAAGAGGAUUUAAGAAGGUUCCACGACUACACUGCCCAGAAAAGUAAUUUUCUUGAAGUGCAACUAUACUUUUUUAUCCGAUGUUUAUCUUGAAAAGAAGUGGCCGGUGAUUACAAAGUGCGGUGGAGGAAGGCGAUGAGUGUUCUUUGUGGGAGGUGGUGUACCUACAAGCACUCAUAAGCUCAAUUCAGUGAGAGAUUGAGGUGAGUGUGAGGUAGUGAGAAUGUUGUGUACUUUGCUUUUGAGUGAAGGAGGUCCGUAUAUAGUGGAGUCAUUCAGGAGAAGUGGCGGAAAAAUCCAUUGAGCAUUCACAUGAACGUCGCCUUGAUAGGCAGAUCUACAUUUAAUCAGGGUCACAUGAGGAUGAUCUUCGGAGGGAUGUUACGUGUGUGAACUGGCCAUAUAGCUUGCAAGUCCAGCCCGAAUGGGUAUCGGCCCAGUUCAGGAACUUCUAUAUGUCCUUGGUUGGGGCUGUUUUGGAGUGGGAGAACCUGUUGGUAUUGAAAUUCAAUUCAGAAUCUGUGUUUUAUAUGUAUGUUUAAUAUAUACUUUUCUUAUGCAACAAUUGUAUUUGAGAGGGUUAGUGAGAGGAAAAUGGAAAGUUGAGAAGUUAAUUUCAGUCACA